GGUUAAUAUAUUGUCAUGUUCUCUAUCAGUGGAGGAGAGGAUAGUGCUGUGUCACAGAUGAAAGAGGAUGAGGCAAAUAUGGACAUGGGUGAGAAUGAGGAAACUCAGCCUACCACCCCGCGACCACCAUCAACUGGACCACAACAAAAUCCAACACAAGGUGCAGUGAGAUCUCCACGAAGCCGACGCCAACGCACAACUUCUCAGUCACAGACUACAAGAAUAAGGGAGCCUAUCUUACGUGGUCGACGUAGAACUAUCUACACUGCUGGUCGGCCCCCUUGGUAUGAUUGUCAAGGACAGUUGAUUGAGCCUUUUGUCAUAGGUAGGUGUUUCCUUAUGUUAGAGAAUUUUAUGAAAUAAAUUGUUAUGCUAAGG